CAACUCAACCCUAGCUUCAAGCCCCGGUUUAAGUUUAACAAACCAAAGAGCUUUCGCUUACUCAUCUCUCUAUCUCUGCCGCCGCCGCGCUAUCUCUGAAUCUCGCUAACCCUAACCGCUUCUUCCCUCCCUCUCUCUCUCUCUCCGACGAUAAGAUAAUUUUUAUCAAUCCAAAAUGGGGCGGAAGAAGCCGAGUGCUCGUGGUGGAGAUGAUGAACCUACUGCUUCGUCUCUCGUUGGUGCUGGUGGUGGUGGUAAGUCUAAGAAGAAAGGUGUUCAGAUCGACGAUGAUGAGUAUUCUAUAGGUACGGAGGUCUCUGAGGAGACUAGUAGAGGUGAGGAGGAGAAGGAGAAGGUUGUUAUCACUGGGAAGAAGAAGAAAGGUAAGAAAGGUGAUAAGAAGCAGCAGGAUGAUGAUUUUGCUGUGGAGGAGGAAGAUGCUGUUGUUGUUGUUCCGGAGAUUGCUUUUGAAGGGAAGAAGAAGAAGUCUAAGUCUAAGAAAAGUGGUGGAUCUGUUAGCUUUGCUUUGCUUGAUGAUGAUGAAGGUGAAAAGGAUGAUGAAGAUGAUGAGAAAGUGGAGGAUGAGCCUGUUGUAAGUGUUGCUGCGGGUAAGAAGGGUAAGAAAGGUGGUGGUAAUUCGUUUGCGGCUUCAGCUUUUGAUGCACUUGGUGAUGAUGAUGAAGUUGAGGAGAAGGAUGAGGAAGAGGAGUCUCCAAUCACCUUCUCUGGUAAGAAGAAGUCUUCUAAAUCGUCCAAGAAGAGUGGUAAUUCAUUUGCGGCUGCUUUGCUUGAUGAUGAAGAGGAAGAGGCAAACACAGUGGAGGAGGAAGAGAGCUCUGAGAUCAUGUUUACGGGUAAGAAGAAGUCUUCUAAAUCGUCUAAGAAGAGUGGUAAUUCAUUUGCUGCUGCUUUACUUGAUGAUGAUGAGGAGGAGAGUAAAGCAGUUGAAGAGGAAGAGAGGUCUGAGAUCAUGUUUACGGGUAAGAAGAAGUCUUCUAAAAAGAAGGGUAGUAGUGUUUUGGCCUCGUUAGGUGAUGAUGAGAGUGAAAUUGCUGAGGAAAAAAGUAAGGAUAAAGCUUCUGAUGCUAAGAGUGCAGAGGUUGUAGAAACUUCGAAGAGUAAGAAGAAGAAGAAGAAUAACAAGAGUGGAAGGACUGUACAGGAAGAGGAUGAUUUGGACAAACUUCUUGCAGAACUUGGAGAAGCUCCUGCUGCUGGAAAACCUGCUGAAGAAGAGAAAGUUCAAGCUCAGCCACAGGCAGUUGCGCCUGUAGAUAAUGAGAAGGAAGGAGAAGAAGAGACUGCUGCAGCUAAGAAAAGGAAAAAGAAGAAGGAGAAAGAGAAGGAAAAGAAAGCAGCAGCUGCUGCAGGAACCUCUACUGUGGAGGCUGCUAAGGACGAAAAACAAGAAGAAUCAGUACCUGAGACACUGCAGGGGAAGAAGAAGGAUGCAAAGGGUAAAGCAGCUGAGAAGAAAAUUCCUAAACAUGUUAGGGAGAUGCAAGAGGCUCUUGCACGACGGCAAGAAGCUGAAGAGAGAAAGAAGAAGGAAGAGGAAGAAAAAUUGAGAAAGGAGGAAGAGGAACGUCUUAGGCAGGAAGAGCUUGAGAGGCAAGCUGAGGAGGCUAAGCGCAAGAAGAAGGAAAAGGAAAAGGAAAAACUGUUGAAGAAGAAGCUAGAGGGCAAGCUUCUAACAGCAAAGCAAAAGGCUGAAGCUCUUAAGAGGGAGGCUUUUAAGAACCAGUUACUUGCUAGUGGUGGAGGUCUCCCACUUGCAGAUGAGGGUGAGCCUGCCACAAAGCGUCCCGUUUAUGCAAACAAGAAAAAAUCAGCUCGCCCCAAAGGCAAUGACUCUGCCUCUGCUCAGGUGGAAGAGGAGGUAAAAGAGAAUCAUGCAGAUGAACCAGAUACGUUAGCUGAAGUGGCUUCAGCAGACGCUGAAAAGGUUGAUUUAGUAGAGUCAGCAGACGCUGAUGAGAAAUCAGGUACUACUGAUGUAGCUGCGGAGAAUGGGGCUGAGGAAGAUGAUGAAGACGAUGAAUGGGAUGCAAAAAGCUGGGGGGAUGAUGUUGAUCUUAAGUUCAAAGGUGAUUUUGAUGAUGAAGAGGACAAAGCUCAGCCUGUAGUUAAGAAAGAAAUAAAGGACGCUGUGUCAAAGACACAAGACUCAGGCCCUGAAGCUGAAAAACCAACAGCUAAACCAACAGGCACGGACAACCGAACAGCACCUGCCACUAAAACUUUACCUGGGGUGGAAGAUGCUGCACGUACAAAACGUGCUACUAAGGCCAAAGAUGCCUCCAAGAAAGGUAAAGGCUUGGCUUCCAGUGAACCCAAAGAAGGUGAAGAAAAUCUCCGCUCUCCCAUUUGCUGUAUCAUGGGUCAUGUCGAUACUGGUAAAACAAAGCUGUUGGAUUGCAUCAGAGGAACAAAUGUACAGGAAGGCGAGGCUGGAGGUAUUACUCAGCAGAUUGGUGCAACAUAUUUCCCUGCGGAAAACAUCCGGGAGAGGACCAGGGAACUCAAAGCCGAUGCAAAACUUAAGGUGCCAGGUCUGUUGGUUAUUGAUACACCUGGUCACGAGUCCUUCACGAAUCUGCGGUCAAGGGGUUCAAGUUUGUGUGACCUUGCAAUUUUAGUGGUUGACAUAAUGCAUGGGUUAGAGCCACAAACCAUCGAAUCUCUAAAUUUAUUGAGAAUGAGAGACACCGAGUUCAUUGUUGCCUUGAAUAAGGUGGAUAGGCUAUAUGGAUGGAAAACAUGCAAGAAUGCUCCUAUCGUGAAGGCAAUGAAGCAACAAACCAAAGAUGUUGUAAAUGAAUUUAACAUGAGACUCACUGGGAUUAUAACCCAGUUCAAGGAGCAAGGUCUCAACACUGAGCUUUACUACAAGAAUAAAGAAAUGGGAGAAACUUUCAGUAUUGUUCCUACUAGUGCUAUUACUGGGGAAGGAAUCCCAGAUCUUUUACUGUUGUUGGUUAACUGGGCUCAGAAAACAAUGGUUGAGAAGCUUACAUAUGUUGACGACGUGCAGUGUACUGUCCUGGAGGUCAAAGUUAUUGAAGGCCAUGGUACGACGAUUGAUGUUGUGUUGGUAAACGGUGUACUUCAUGAAGGUGAUCAAAUCGUCGUGUGUGGGUUACAGGGACCUAUAGUCACAACGAUUAGAGCGUUACUGACUCCUCAUCCAAUGAAAGAGUUACGAGUGAAGGGUACUUAUGUGCAUCAUAAAGAAAUAAAGGCUGCACAGGGUAUUAAAAUUACAGCUCAGGGCCUUGAGCACGCUAUUGCUGGCACUGCCCUACACGUGAUUGGACCUGAUGAUGACAUCGAGGCAAUUAAGGAUCAAGCAAUGGAAGACAUGGAAUCAGUUCUGAGCAGGAUUGACAAAAGUGGCGAAGGAGUUUACGUACAAGCGUCUACACUAGGGUCACUGGAAGCAUUACUCGAGUUCUUGAAGUCUCCAGCUGUAAAGAUACCCGUCAGUGGUAUCGGCAUAGGGCCUGUGCACAAGAAGGACAUCAUGAAGGCCGGAGUGAUGCUCGAGAGGAAAAAGGAAUACGCCACAAUUCUGGCUUUUGACGUGAAAGUGACUACAGACGCUCGUGAACUCGCAGACGAAAUGGGAGUUAAGAUCUUCUGCGCUGAUAUUAUCUACCAUUUGUUCGACCAGUUCAAGGCGUAUAUUGAGAGUAUCAAAGAGGAGAAAAAGAAGGAAUCAGCAGAUGAAGCAGUCUUCCCGUGUGUCCUUCAGAUUUUACCUAACUGUGUGUUUAAUAAGAGAGACCCAAUUGUCCUUGGAGUUGAUGUCGUCGAGGGUAUACUUAAGAUUGGAACUCCCAUCUGCGUCCCGAGUAGAGAGUUUAUCGAUAUAGGCCGCAUUGCCUCUAUUGAGAACAACCACAAGCCUGUUGACUAUGCAAAGAAGGGUACCCAGGUGGCUAUUAAGAUUAUUGCUUCAAACCCUGAAGAGCAGAAGAUGUUUGGGAGACAUUUUGACAUGGAAGAUGAGCUUGUGAGUCACAUUUCAAGGAGAUCUAUCGACAUACUCAAAACUAACUACAGGGAUGAGUUAUCCAUGGAUGAGUGGAAGCUAGUUGUUAAACUGAAGAAUAUCUUCAAGAUACAGUAG